AUGCACCAUUUCCGGCUCGACCCGCUACAUGUGAACACCGUUGAAGUCAGCAACUUCGAGCGCUACCGGAGUGCGGUUGAGAAGUUCCAGAAUUUCUUGCUUCUUUUCGACGCGGCUCCUUCUUCAGCUGCAGAACUAGACGAGUGGCUCGUGCUGUUUCGUCGCGAGGCUUCUUUGACGCGGUCGAAGCUCGAGGUCACUCUGGCAGGAAUGCAGUUCUUUGCCCCCAGCCUUAAAGGGAAGCUUCCCCUCACGAAGAAGGUGAUCAAAGGUCUGACCGUGGAGUUCCCUGCUGAACAUGCUUUUCCUAUGCUGUCACGCUCUGCUAAAUUUAUUGCUUGCAAGAUGGCGGGUGAGGGAGAGCAUCGUCUGGCAGUUUGUAUGCUCCUGCAACAGGCUACAGGACUUAGGCCAUCGGAAAUGCUGGGGCUACGAGAACACGAUAUACUACGGCCCAACGAUCUGGUGCCUCGCUAUGUGCUGCGUUUGGGCACCCGAGUGGGAACCAAGGUGGGCCGAGAGCAGACCACGUUCUUUGAUCCGGAUCAGGACCCAGUGCUUGCAAUGCUGCUCUUCAGGCUGUUACGCGCCCCUCCUGAGCAGGGUUUUUUGGCAGAUUGCGGAUAUGAUCACUAUCGGAGGGUGCUUGCCAGACUCAGCGCCACCUUGGGGGUUCACUAUUCUCCUCACUCGUGCAGGGCUGGCUUCGCGACCGAAGCCAUCAUUCGUGGUGACUCCCCGUCAGUUGUGCAGAGGCGUGGUCGUUGGUACAGUGAGGCAAGCUUUCUUGUGUACAUCGAUGUGGCAACCGCCUUGCAAGUGGAGGCUGAAUUUCGGAGUCGAGCCUUGGACUCGGUGAUACGAAUAGGCCUGCCAGUCACCGUAGCGAUCGACGACGCAUCAGCGGACGAGGAUUUGCCAGAGGAGCCGCCGAGCCCACUCAAGCCAGGCCAGGUGGACGGGACCGCCGUCAUGUCUCCUGCUCUUCGCGCUCAUCUUUUGGAACUGUCUGGCCCUUCCGCUGCUGCCGCCGACGGUCGGCGUGAGCCGCAGAGACGAGUGGUGCAGCGUCGCCGGACCGCCACUUGUUUCAGCCUGUUUUGCAAGGGCUGCUAUCGCUGGCUGCUACGGUUGCGCGCCAUGCUGCUGUGGAGCAGCCUGGCUUAUGUGUUGGCGUCCGGGCCGGUUCGCGAACUAUUGGGUCCCGUGCAGCGCUUCAUGACAUCCACGGCCCAAGUGGGAGAGAGUGCGGCUGGUACACUCUCGUCUAUCCUGGAUGGUGGCACUCAGCUGGUCACGGCGUCCACUGACGUGGUUAGGGCUGCGUCGGUCAAUACCUUGGGUGUGGCGCAGGCUGCUUGGGUCGGUGUGGACCUCGUGGGGAUGAAUGCCACCAAGGUGAUCGGGCGAGUGCUUGGCGAGAGUGCGGAGGUCAUCGAGCAAUGGUUGGUUUCCGAUCAGGGCCGUGAGGUUCUACGUGACCCAGCUUCGGAUGCUCUUCAGUUCUGGAUGGGUUUGCUUCAAUCGCAAACUCUUCAGCUGCCCUUCGUUACAGCUGAGGCCGAAGCGCUGGUGGCCACCGGCGUUUAUUGGACGGCCUCAGGCUUAGUGUCAUUCGCCGCCAAUGGCCUCGUUGUCUGUGAAUUUCGCUGGUUACGCGUGAGCUUCACUCCUCGCUGGGCCAAUCCUGUGUGGCAGAUUGCCGGCUGGAGUGCAGCGGAUGAGUCCGAGCAGAUCCUCAGCAUUGCUCGCGACUUCGCUGCUACAGUGCCUGCUGCCAACAGCACCUGGGAUCAUGUGUUGCCCGCCCAACCCGCCGCUGCUCGCUGGCAUGCUCUCCUCGGCCUGUGUCGCCGGCUCGCCGCUACGCUGCUCUGGCCCCAUGUGGGAGUAUGGGACCAUGCAUCCGCUGGCAUUUGGUGGUGUGCUACUUGCGACGGCCGGUGUGUUCAAAUGGCUGCUCGGCUACUGUUCAAGUGUCGGCCUCCCGACAGGACGGCUGGCCGAUUGGGCGCGCUUUGUUGA